CCCAGCUAACUGGUGGGCUGCGACACAAUGAAGCAACUUCCAGCAGAGACGGUCCGCUUGCUGUCAAGUUCUCAAGUCAUUACAUCUGUCGUGAGUGUUGUCAAGGAGCUGAUUGAGAACUCACUGGACGCAGGUUCUACAAGCAUCGAUGUUAAACUGGAAAAUUAUGGGCUGGAUCGCAUUGAGGUGAGAGAUAAUGGUUCAGGGAUCAAAGCUGCUGACACGGCAGUCAUGGCGGUGAAACACUACACCUCAAAGAUCUCCAGCCACGAUGACCUCAUGCAGCUGGAGACGUAUGGAUUCAGAGGAGAGGCUCUUGGAUCCAUAUGCGCCGUGUCAGAGGUUGUUGUUACAACCAAGACGGCAGAGGAGGACUUCAGCACACAGUAUACACUGAACCUCACUGGGCACAUCGUCUCCCAGAAGCCAUCACAUCUUGGCCAAGGGACCACCGUGUGUGCUCUUAAACUGUUCAAGAACCUCCCAGUGAGAAGACAGUACUACUCCAAUGCAAAGAAAUGCAAAGAGGAGCUGAAGAAAAUCCAGGAUCUGCUCAUGGCCUACGCUGUGGUCAAACCUGAGCUGAGAAUAACCUUCGCUCACAACAAGGUCGUGGUUUGGCAGAAGUCCAGGGUGUCGGAUCGCAGAGCGGCCCUCAUGGCUGUGAUUGGAGCGGCCGCCACGGCCAACAUGUUCCCCCUCCGACAUCGCCAGGAGCAUCCAGAGAUUUCGAUCGAGGGAUUUUUCCCAAAGCCAGACUCUGACUAUGCCUUAGCAAGCUCCAGUAAUCCGGACAGAACUUUUGUCUUUGUGAAUAACCGUCCAGUGCAUCACAAAGACAUUAUGAAGCUGGUUAAGCAGUUUUGUAGUCGAGAUUCGUCUUGCCGUCGCUUCCCUACCCUAAUGAUGAACAUUAUGGUACCUUCCUCCACGGUUGAUGUCAACCUCACUCCCGACAAAACUCAAGUUAUGCUUCAAAACAAGGACACAGUGUUGAGUGCUGUGGAGUCCAUGUUGGUUUCGCUCUACGGCCCUUUGCCAAGCGCUGAAGGCUCUGUCAGCUGUGAGGUGACCGGAGAUGGCCCAUCAUCUGGGGCCUUACCGACACGCCAGCAGCUCCCUGGUAACAGACGGACUGAUGAUGCUGAUGCUGAGGCACGGGAUGUACUCAGGCACGACACUGCGGUUUUGCCUCAAACCCCGUUAGACUGCUCUGACGUCGAUCUGUUCGGAACGAUCGCACCAAAGACGGGCGAUCCGGCCAGUAACACGUCUUUAAACCAGACCAGCUCUUCAUCUUCAUCAGAGGACUGGAUAGUCAAUAAGAGCCUGUUUGACCUGAGUCACGUCAACGGUUCCCUGCUAGAGGACGACUGUUUAACCAGAGGGGACACGGAAGACGGUGUGAAGGAGAGUGCUAACUCGUUGGCGGUCACGCCCAGCGCAGACGGCAGCAUCUCCGCGGAGAGCUGGAGCAUGGGCCGGGGCCUGACGGAUCCCGUCACCGGUGGCUGUCUGGAGCCCGUGAAGCUGCACGUCCCGUCAGAGCCCGUGGAAGUCCCGGAAGAAACCGUGGAGAAGUGCAGGAGCAGCCCGUCCAAGAAGCUGUCAAACGUCAUCGUGGCCCGAAUGCCCAAGCCGACGGCCUACGAGCUGAUCGGCUCCCGGCCCGUGCGUCAGCCGCUGUCCGCCCGUGCCCUGUUUGAGCGGGACUGCAGCGUGUCCAUCCUUCAGGAGGACCCAGGAGCCGGCCUGCAGGAUGUCACCACUGCUGUUAAAGAGAGAUGGGAAAGCCUUGGGGAGGAAGACCGAAAGAAGUACGAGGAGAAAGCCAAAAAGGCCGUCGACGUGUACAACCUCCAAAAACAGCGCGCCGAAGAGGGCCAGGCGCAGGCCAGAGACGGCAAGAGGCCGGCGUCCGCCGCGGCGACGGGCUCCCCGGCCGGCCGGCCCCAGGGCCUGAAGCGCAAGGCCCCGCUCUCCAACCAGCAGCUCCUCGACAAACUCUUCUCCUCUCAGCCGGCGAAGAAAGAGAGAAGCAGCGCCCCAACAAAGGUCUCCAAGCCCCUCCCGUUCUGCCUCGCUGCCCUCCAGCGCAGGCUUAACCUCCUGUCGUCCCAGAGUGGCUCCGGCCCGCAGGGCCUCAGGCUUGUAAAGCGCUUGGCUUCGCACUGCGCCUGGGUCGUUUUAUGUGGCAGAGAGCUCAUGUUGUUAAAUCCAUUUCGGGUGGAGGAGGCCUUGCUGUUUAAAAGACUUCUGGAGAAUAAUAUACUUCCAGCAGCGUGCCUGCAGACCCCUAUACAGUUAACAGAUGGUGUGCUGGGUGGAUCAGAGUUCAUGGAUGUGCUUUAUGCCAUGAGGAAGGGAAAACCAGAGCUGAAUGGUACAACCUACUUCUCUGAUCCCAGGCUAGUGGCUAACGGAUUUCAGAUCAGGCUCUCUCCAGGCUCUUCGUCCGCCGAGAGGCACGUGGAAGUGGCAAGCAUGGCCGACUGCAUGCCUUUCUUCGGCAUCGCCGACCUGAGGGAGAUUUUGACAGCGGUGAAGGAUCGGCAGGCUGAAAGUGUGCGUCAGUGCAGACCGCUGAAAGCCACGCGCUAUCUUGAGGGGGAAGCCGUGCGGAUGGUCAGGCAGCUGCCCCUAAAUCUAUCUCGAGGCGACGUGGAGGACACACUCAGUCGCAUGCGAGAGCAGCUUGGAGAGGAAGCCCAGUCCUGCCUCCAUGGUCGGCCAUUUCUCCAUCUCUUGACCAAAGUCCCUGAGACAGACGAGGAGGCUCUUGUGACCCUGUCCAGCACACGAUGACAUUAUUAUUAUUUUUUUUAAAAGUAUAUGGAUUAGUUUAAUAAAUUG